AUGAUGGUGUUUGCAUUUUGGAAGGUCUUUCUAAUCUUAAACUGCCUUGCAGGUCAGGUCAAUAUGGUGCAAGUGACCAUCCCGGACAGUUUCGUGAAUGUGACUGUUGGAUCUAAUGUUACUCUUCUCUGCCUCUAUACCACCACCGAGAAGUCCAUGGACAAGCUUUCAAUUCAGUGGUCUUUCUUCCACAAUAAGGAAAUGGAGCCAAUAUCUCAUGGCUCGCACCCCAAAACUGAGGGUUUGGAGGAAAAGGCAGUCAGUCAGUGUCUAAAAAUGAUGCAUGCAAGAGACGCUCGGGGAAGAUGUAGCUGGACCUCUCAGAUCUACUUCUAUGAAGGUGGACAGGCCUCAGCUAUUGGGCAAUUCAAGGAUCGAAUAAUAGGGGCUACUAAUCCUGGUAAUGCAUCUAUCACCAUAUUGCAUAUGCAGCCAGCAGACAGUGGAAUUUACAUCUGUGAUGUCAACAAUCCUCCAGAUUUUGUCGGCAAAAACCAAGGCAUCCUUGACGUCACUGUCUUAGUCAAACCUUCCAAGCCUUUUUGUACCAUCCAAGGAAGACCAGAAGCAGGCAAUCCUAUUUCUUUGUCUUGCCUUUCUGCCUUUGGAACACCGUCUCCUUUGUAUUACUGGUAUAAGAUUGAGGGGAACACCAUUGUGCCAGUAAAAGAAAGCUUCAACUCAGCCACUGGAGUUUUGGCUAUUGGAAAUCUAACAAAUUUUGAACAAGGUUAUUACCAGUGUACUGCCGUCAACAGUCUUGGCAAUAGUUCCUGUGAAAUUGACUUAAGGUCUUCACAUCCAGAAGUCGGGAUCAUCAUCGGAGCCUUGGUCGGCGCCCUGACAGGAGUUGCUGUCAUCAUCUGUGUGGUGUUCUUUGCCAGGAACCAAGUUAAAUCCAAGCAGAAGAAGAACUUAAAUUCCAGCACAGAACUUGAGCCAAUGACAAAGGUACACCAUUUCCGGCAAAAUGAAGCAAUUCCAGCUGAUGGCAUCCAGCUAGAAGGAACUCUGCCAUCUUCCAUCCACACUGGCCACAACAUGGAACCUACCACUGCAGUCGUGGAGCCAGAAUGUGGGCCUAAUCCUCCACUGGAAACUGCUACACAGCCUGACCCUGAACCAGAGGGUUCAGUGCCAGUGCCAGUGCCAGCACCCGUGGCAGAGAUUCAUCUACAGCCAGAGCUGGAGCUGGACCCGGAGACAGAGACAGAACCCGAGCCUGAGCCCGAGCCCGAGCCCGAACAUGAGCCUGAGCCAGAGCCUGAGCCGGAGCUUGAGCCGGACCCCCAGUCUGGAGUAAUAGUUGAGCCUCUGCGUGAGGAGGGAAAGGAUAUAGUUAAGGCAUAA